CGACAGUGUGACCAGUCGCGCUAGGCGGUAGCAUACCAAAGCAGGGGAAGAGGAAGCACAGAACAAAGUAGGCAGCGCAGCAGAGAAAAUGUAUAAUUUACAUUAAUUUAAUUACAAAUAGUUCGUCGUGCCAGAUCUCGAUUCUCGUUAUUCCGCAACAGUUCGCAGUCGGGGAAAACUGUUAAGAAGCAGUGCGCGCACAACACAAUCCACCACCUGGUUUUCCGCGGACACAAAAUCCCAACCAGUCAGCGAGCGAGCGAAAAGUGGGUGAAAAUGGCGUGGAAAAUGGGAGGAAACCGGGCCGCAACGCUGGCGUUGCUCUUGGCCAGCAGUUUGCUGCUGCUGAGUGCGGCCAAAGCCGCCGAUUUGGGCCCGGAUUCGGAGUCGGACGACUUCGAGGACGGCUAUGUGGAAGAUGUGCAGGAGGAGCCCACCGCCGUCGACGUCGAUGAGAAGUUGGCCUACGAGAGCCCGGUGAUCGAUGCCAAGAAGUUCCACUUCGCGGACCACUUCGACGACGUGGAGGAGUCCAGGAAGAAGUGGGUGCUGUCGCAGGCCAAGAAGGACGACAUCGCCGAGGAGAUCUCCAAGUACGAUGGCAUCUGGAACUGGGAGUCGCCGCAGCGCAUCGUUUGGGCGAACGACCUGGGUCUAGUGCUCAAGUCGAAGGCCAAGCAUGCGGCCAUAGCAGCCCCCCUCCGCCGGCCGUUCGAGUUCAAGUCGGACAAGCCGCUGGUGGUGCAGUACGAGGUCACGUUGCAGGAGGGUCAGGAGUGCGGCGGCUCGUAUCUGAAGCUUUUGUCAGCCGGAAAAGACACGGAGCAACUAAAAAGCUUCAAUGACAAGACACCCUAUACCAUCAUGUUUGGACCGGACAAGUGCGGCAACGAUGUGAAAAUGCACUUCAUAUUCCGGCACGUCAAUCCAAUUAAUGGCACCAUCACCGAGAAGCACUGCAACAAGCCGAAGAACCGUUUGGAAGAGCCAUUCAAGGACAAGCUACCCCAUCUCUACCAGCUGGUGGUCCGUCCCGAUAACAGCUUUGAGAUUCGCGUUGACCACAAGAUCAUCAACGAGGGUUCCCUGCUGACCGACUUCAAGCCACCAGUCAACCCGCCGGCAGAGAUCAACGACCCCAAUGACCACAAGCCAGAGUCGUGGGAUGAGCGGGAGAAGAUCCCAGACCCCACUGCCCACAAGCCCGAGGAUUGGGACGAGGAUGCUCCACCACAGUUGCCCGAUACCGAUGCCGUCAUGCCCAAUGGCUGGCUUGAGGAUGAGCCCGACAUGAUUUUCGAUCCGACUGCCACCAAACCUGAAGAUUGGGAUGCCGAAAUCGAUGGCGAAUGGGAGGCUCCAUUGGUGGACAAUCCAGUCUGCGAGAAGGCACCCGGCUGUGGCAAGUGGAAGGCUCCGCUCAUCCCCAAUCCCAACUACAAGGGCAAGUGGCGUGCACCAAUGAUCGAUAACCCCAACUACCAGGGCAAGUGGGCCCCCAGGAAGAUUGUCAAUCCAAACUUCUUUGAGGAUCUGAAGCCCUUCCAAAUGACGCCAAUCAGCGCCGUGGGUCUGGAGCUGUGGUCCAUGUCAAGCGACAUUCUCUUCGACAAUCUGAUCAUCACGGACGAUGUGGAUGUCGCCCGUGACUUUGCUGCCAACAGCUUCGAUAUCAAGCGUCGCUACAUUGACCGUGAAUCGGACUCAUUCGUGAAUAAGGUAGUCGAGCUAGCCAAUGCCAAUCCCGCGAUCUGGGGCGUUGGCCUGGUGGCCAUUGUGGCGCUGGUUGCGCUUACCAUCUACUGUAGAUUUGGUACCGCUAAGAGUCAGGACUCUGCUGCCAAGAAGGCCGCUGCCGAGGCCAAGAAGACCGACGAUCCUCAGCCCGACGAUGAGCCCGAGGCCGAGGAGGAGGAGGAGAGCGACGAAAGGGCCGCUGGCGAUUCCAGCAAGGAGAGCACACCGCUGUCCGCUAGUCCCAAGAAGAACCAAAAGUCUGAUUUAGAUGAUAACGAAGAGGAGACCAAGGCGGCGGAGAAUCAAGAGCCCGCACAGACUGAGGAAUCCAACACAAAAACACGCAAGCGUCAGGCGCGCAAGGAGUAAGCGGGCAUACUCAGAUGCCGCAUCCGAAAGCAAAUACUGCAACUCUAAAUAAAAACUUAAUCCAAUUCCAAAAGCCAGCGGUUGCAAAACACAAACAACCAAAUGUCCAAGCCAACGUACAUUUCAAACAUGUUGUUCUUCGCCGAGGCAGCCGACAUCUCCCUCAAACUACACACACACGCACUCUCCCACACACACACACACCACACACACAUGGAAAAGACACACACAAAUGGAGAAAUAAACACACACUCUCACACUGUAAAACAAACAGUUUCUAGUGAAGUCUAAUUUAAUUUGCCAGCUCACGCGGUUCGGUUUAGUCACUCUGUACGUACUUUCGCCGUAUUAUCGUUGCAUUUCUGUCGUGUUCGACCCUCUGUCGGCCCUAUAUCUCCUAUAUAUACUACCCUUCCACAGAGCCAGCCGAUGGCACCGCUUUAUAGUGUUUAGUUGAAGUGCUAAUCCUCCUUUUGAUUUGUGUAAAAAUGAGAAACAACUAGACAAAUGAG